AAUUCCUGAUAAACAUAUUCAUUUGACUGGUUCAUUCUUGGAUUGCGUGCAGCGCAUUUGCUUUUCACGUUUCUAAAUAUCUACUAAAAAAUGAGCUCAGCAGCAAAAAAGAGAUUACGCAACGAUCUAAUGAAAAUCUACUCUGACCCACCCCCCGGAAUAAGUGCUUCCCCAGUAGACUCGGAUAUCUUUUGUUGGAAUGCCAUAAUCUCUGGUCCGGAAAACACCCCCUUUGAUGGUGGAAUAUUUCGACUGCGUCUCGAGUUUGACACUGACUACCCAAAUACUGCCCCCAAAGUUGCAUUUUUCUCAAAAAUGUUCCACCCAAACGUAUACAAAAAUGGGAGAGUGUGUCUCGAUAUCUUAGAAGAACCCGAAAAGUGGAGUUCCGCUUAUGAUGUAGCAGCUAUUCUUUGUGGUAUUCAAGCAAUGUUGGGGGAUCCAAACCCUAACUCUCCUGCUAAUAUGGAGGCAAAUAUAUUAUUCACCACGCAGCCGGAAGUAUAUGAACAAAUGGUUAGACGGGACAUUGUUGAGAGGUCUUCGGGGGAUGGUGAAGGUUCAGACGACGACGAGAAUGAGAACUUGGCUGAAGCUAUACAGCAACAAGAAUUAGAAGAUGCUCUCAAUGAAUUGGCAAUUGCAGAAUUAUCUGACUGAGGAUGAGAUGGAUUGCGUAUCACUGUAAAAUCCAUAGUGUCAAAUUAAUGCCUAUCAAAUAUGAACGGUAAAAACAACAGAACUUUUUAAUAAGCUUUAAUAAGUCGAUUUAUUUUACAUUCUACUGAAUGUCCAUCUUUAUUCUUCUGUAAAUCUAUAAUAUACUCACAUAGACAAAGAACAAAAGACUUUGAGAUGUGUACAUUUGAAA